AUGCUUGCACGAGACAAAAUUAGGCAACAUGAUCUAGCUUUCCAGACGAAAAAUAAUUUGAAUGAUAAAGAAAAAGUGGUAAAUGUAUAUUUGGAAUCACUCAAACUGAAUGAAUUCAAUAAUACAACAAAAUAUUUUUAUCCAUCUCGACCUAUUGAAACAGAAGUCAUCAAUAUUACUAGCAGACCUUUUUAUCAGUUUCUUAAAGCAUUACCCAAAGGUGGAAAUCUACACGUACAUGAAUUUCAAAUUUUGGACAGAAAACUGUUAUUAGAAUUAAUCCAAAACUCUCCAGAAUAUGACUUAUUACACAUAUGUGAUCAAGAUAAUUGUGUAACUAAUAAAUAUCAUCUCAAUUAUUACAAAUCAAAUAUUCCUCGAGGUUGGACAAAGGUCAAAGAAUCAAAUUGGACUCUUCCAGACAUUGUAAAAAAGACUACUCUCACUGGAAUUUUGAAUGAUCUAGAAGAACCAAUAUACGCAACCGACACAUCAAGUAGAUGGUCUAUAGCCAAUAAUAAAGGAGUUUUCGAUUUUUAUGAUGAGUUGGUGAGGCAUAACGUAACACGUUUUAAUUACAUGAAAGCAGUGUUAAACAGUUCACUUGAAGAAAAUGUACAACUUUUAGAGUUAAGACGAAGUCACUUUGGAAGUUUAUAUUACUUUGAUUCAAACGGUUCUCGAAUAUCAAUAAAUGCUACUGAUGAAAUAGAUUUACUGAUUGAUUUUAAAAAAGACUAUGUCAAGAACAAUCCGAAAUUUAUUGAUUUUAUAUUCUUAAUUUAUAACAGAAGAAGAUCUUCAAAAGAACAAAUCAAAAAUGAGGUGAAUAAGAUGAUAGAUAUUCAAAGGCUAUAUCCCGAUCUUAUUAGAGGAUAUGACUUGGUUGGAGAAGAAGAUCAAGGACAUACUCUUUUAUUUCACAGCGAUAGCUUAAUCACUGCUUUCAAUCGUUCUCAAACGAGUAAUGGAUCGUUUAAUCUAGUCUUUCAUGCCGGUGAAACCAAUUGGCCGGAUGAUUAUCUGUCAUCAGAUGAUGAUGUGUCAACAUUUGAAAAUAUUUAUGAUGCUCUUGUACUUAGAACUCAUCGAAUCGGUCAUGGUCUUAGUUUAGCGAAACGUCCCGAUAUGUAUCAGUAUAUUCGUGACCGUCAAAUCGCGAUUGAAAUCUGUCCCGCAAGUAACCAAAUAUUAGGUUAUGUCGCUGACUUACGCAAUCAUCCUGGAAUCGUUUAUCAUCGUAGUGGUAUUCCAAUUGUAUUAGCUGGCGAUGAUCCAGGAAGUUUUGGCUAUAAUUACUUGACUGUUGACUUUUAUUUGGCUUCUAUGGCAUGGGGUUUGAAUCUAGCUGAUUUAAAACAAUUUGCGUGGAAUUCUAUAUAA